AUUAUAUGUCAAUGCGCGUGUAUAAUAUUAUGACUGUACUAAAAUAACUUUGAUUACGUAAAAUCUAAUAAUUCGACACAAAUUCUAUUGACAGUGUGGAGUAGCCACAACAGUAUCGUCAGUAUCACUUUCAGCAGAAAAUAAAUUGUAAAUACUAAUGUCAAUGUGUAUAGUGUAUUGUCUUAUAUGUAUAUAUUAUAGUAAUUUUUUUUAUAAAUGAAUAACGAUGGCUCAAUGGCUGUAAGUGUCAGUAAAGACUAUGUCAAAGGUACAUCUAUAAACUUACCAAAACUUGACAUUUUUUCUGUAACACAAUACAUAAAAAAUAAUGAUUGCUUCAAUGAUCCUGAAGUUAGGGGAUCAAAAGCUCAAAGAUCAUCGAGAGAAAAUUAUGGAGAUUCAGCUAUUGGAUAUGUUCAAAUAAAAAGGGAAGGAUCUAUAUGUAAUGUUCAGGCUCAAAUUUGUCCUGAACAUAGAGUUAGAAAUAAAAAUUACCAUGUUUCAUUAACAAUAAAUGAAGAAAAAGAAGAAAUAGUUGAUUUACAUUGUGAUGACUGUGCAGCAUCUUUAGGUGGAUGUAAACACAGUUUAGCUUUUCUCAUGUAUGUUCAUAGAAAAUCUGAAGAAAAGUCUCCCACAGAAGUUGAGUGCUAUUGGAAAAGACCCAAACUUUCUGGGGUUGGCACAACAUUAAAAUAUAUAACAGCUAAAUCUAUGUCCAAAAAAUCCAUAGUAAAUAUUCAAAGUGAAAUAUCUAACAAGAAUUUUUUUAAUGAAGCUAUGAAAUUAGGAGAAACCCACCAAAUAAAUUGCCAAGUUGGUGCUCAUAAUUAUAAAUUAGAGGAAUCUUUUUUCAAAAUGUUGUCAAUCCAUACAGCUAUAUUAGAAUUCUCCAAACAAUAUAAUAGUAAUGGUACAGCGGAUGACUUUUUACAUUUCUUAAAAGAAAGAACACCCAUAUCAGUAUUCAGUGGUGUAGAGGAAAAAACUACUAACCAAGCUAAUAAUGUUUUGUGGUUCGAACUUAGAUAUGGAAGAAUAACUGCAUCUAAAAUAUAUGAGUUAUCUAGGUGUAAAAAAGGUGAUGGGGUUCUGGUCAAACAAAUACUUGGAUGUAGAAAAAUUAAAUUGACAUCAGCUAUGGAACGUGGUAAACUAUUGGAAAAAGAUGUACUUCAAGAAGUGAGAAAAAUAGUAAAAAGAACCAUCCGUGAGACUGGUUUGGCCAUUUCUUCUGAUUUUCCUAUCAUAGGAGCAUCAGCAGAUGGACUUGCUUCAGAUUUUGUUUUGGAAAUCAAGUGUCCACAGAAGCAUAGUUCUAUGAAUAAUUAUAUAAAAAAUGGUAUCAUACAGUCAAAAGUUCUGGCUCAACUUCAACUGCAAAUGCAUGUACUAAAGAAACCAAGAGGGCUUCUGGCAAUAGCUGAUCCUGACUUUACACAAAACAAGAAAGUACACAUUACAUGGAUUGAUUAUAAUAAAAAUAUGUGUGAUGACUUAAUUAAAAAAAGUUGGACAUUUUGGAAAACUUUUAUAUUUCCAAUUUUAAUAAACACAUAAACAUUAAUAUUAAUAUUAUCUAAAUGUAUUAGGUACUUACAAUAUAUGACUAUAUUGACAUUUUAUACUAUAAUAAUACAUAAUAAAUUGAAUUUGAA